GCCUCCCUUUAUCAGUGCCUUGCAGGACUAGACAAGAGCAUAGCCACAGCUCUGCCAUCAUGUCUUUCGACACUAAUAUGAGGUUUAAAUUUUCCAUAUUGGCUAUUGCUCUUGAGGUAGUCCUAAUAGUUUUAUUUGGGGUACUUGUGCGAUAUAAAACUGAGGACCAUUCAACAUCUCACAAUGCCACUCACAGAGAUGACACCUUCAUUGAUCUAUAUCCAUUUUUUCAAGAUGUCCACGUGAUGAUCUUUGUGGGCUUUGGCUUCUUGAUGACAUUUUUGAAAAGAUAUGGCUUCAGCAGUGUUGGGAUCAACUUACUGAUCGCAGCCUUUGGUCUCCAGUGGGGAACCUUGAUGCAAGGCUUGUGGCACUUACAUGAUGGAAAAAUUGAGAUUGGUAUCCAAAGCAUGAUUAAUGCCGACUUCAGCACAGCAACUGUUUUAAUUUCCUUUGGAGCAGUUCUGGGAAAAACAAGUCCUCUUCAGAUGUUGAUAAUGGCCGUAAUAGAAAUCUUCGUCUUCGCAUGUAAUGAGCAUCUUGUUGUUAGUAUUUUGAAUGCCACCGACGUUGGAGCAUCAAUGACCAUCCACACCUUUGGAGCUUACUUUGGUUUGGCUGCAUCAGCUGUCCUGUAUCGCCCGGGCCUGAAGAAGGGUCAUGAUAACGAAGGAUCGGUCUACCACUCAGACCUGUUUGCCAUGAUUGGGACUCUGUUUUUGUGGAUGUUCUGGCCAAGCUUCAAUUCAGCCAUUGCCAACCCUGGAGCAGAGCAGCAAAUGGCCAUAAUUAACACCUACUUCUCAUUGGCUGCCUGUGUCCUGACCGCCUAUGCCUUCUCCAGCUUGUUGGAACACAAAGGAAAGUUUGAUAUGGUCCACAUUCAGAAUGCCACCCUGGCCGGAGGUGUUGCUGUAGGCACCUGUGCUGAUAUGAACAUUGGCCCAUUCGGGGCAAUGAUAAUUGGUUUUAUUGCUGGCAUCAUUUCUACAGUGGGAUUCAAGUUCUUAACGCCAAUCUUCGCUUCCAAGCUGAGGAUCCAAGAUACUUGUGGUGUGCACAAUUUGCACGGCUUGCCGGGAACUCUGGGAGGUAUGGCUGGUAUUGUUGCCACUGCACUGGGAGCCGCCAAGCCUGGGUAUACACCAUUCCUGCAAGGAGCUGCUUUGGCUGCAACUACUGGCAUCGCUGUGGUUGGAGGUGUAAUUACAGGAUUUAUCUUGAAACUACCUUUCUGGGGACAGCCACCUGAUCAGAGCUGCUAUGAUGACACAGUUUACUGGGAAGUUCCUCUAGAAGAAGAAGAACAUGACAACCACUAUCAAGGAGAACACGGGAAGAUCAAAAUGGAGGCAUAGAAAGGACAAGCCAGCCCGUACUUUUCUCUGAUCAAACUAUUCCUUUAACUUACAAAAAAGUUAAUUGUGUCUACUUUACUCUAUAUCCAUUACAGUAUAGAAAGACAUAAUUUAAAAGGCCACUAAAUCUUUUUAGGAUCUGAGAUAAAGUCAAAGGCAGUUUACAUUGAACUCUUCUAUCUAAAUCUGAUUCUGUAUAGUUUUUCUUCUAGAGAUUAAACUUUGUAGUGUUCCAACCUCCAAAAUGGGGGUUGGAAAAUAGGAACUUUCAAUGUGCCACAAAUAUAUAUAUA